AUGACUGGACAUCAACGACUCCUUCAUCUAGUCUGUUUUGCAACCCUUCUGUGGUCGUUCCUGUGUAACGGAGCCCCCGUCAAUGUGGUAUCCAUCCGUCAGGAGCAUAGCAGAUUGCCUGCAGAUAACAGCAUUGUCGACGAGUUUCUACAGGGCCACACCACAUCUAGAUCUCGAUGCCUAGGCACCAACGGCCAAACGCUGUUAGACAGAACCUUUUGUUCUACGCUAUCUCUAUCUAAGAGGGUCCUAGAGAGGAAACCCGGGUUUGGUUCUAAUUUACGGAAGGUAAAUCUACUCCCUAAGAAACUUUGUACCUCAUACUUACAUUCUAAGGGUCUCUCCAAGCUGGCCACGAAGCGCCGCCCCCGUGUGGAGAAGAACAGCGAUCAGUCAUCUACUAAAGAGGGGUCUAAGAAGAAGGGUUCGAAGAAGGGGUCUACUGAAGAGGGCUCUGUUGACGAGGCCUUUACUGACGAGGGGUCCAAGAAGAAGGGUUCGAAGAAGGGGUCUACUGACGAGGGGUCUGUUGAUGAGGCCUCUACUGAAGAGGCUUCAACCAAAGAGGGAUCUACUGAAGACGCCUCUGCUGAAAAGGGGUCUGUUGACGAGGCCUUUACUGAUGAGGGGUCCAAGAAGAAGGGUUCGAAGAAGGGGUCUACUGACGAGGGGUCUGUUGAUGAGGCCUCUGCUGAAGAGGGGUCUGUUGACGAGGCCUUUACUGAUGAGGGGUCCAAGAAGAAGGGUUCGAAGAAGGGGUCUACUGACGAGGGGUCUGUUGAUGAGGCCUCUACUGAAGAGGCUUCAACCAAAGAGGGAUCUACUGAAGAUGCCUCUGCUGAAAAGGGGCCUAAGAAGUCGUCCAAAAAGAAGGGGUCUAACGAAGAGGUCCCUACUGAAGAGGCUUAA